AUGUUGAAGUCCAUUGACCCCUCGUUCUGCCUGUUGAGCACGUGGGUUCCCCCUGAGGUCCAAGAUACCUUGAAUGAGGCACGCAAAAAUGAGCUAUCCGCUCAGGCUGCACUGAUGGCGACGUACCUUGAUAUUGAUGGCUACAAUUCCCACCAGCGCAAUACCGACUCGGAGCUGCUCUACUUGCGGGCGAAGAUGCAUCGCGCCAAAGCAGAAGUGGAAGUUUAUGAACUAGCCAUUGAAAAUGCGCCUGCGUCCAACUCCCCUGACGGUGGUGUGCCUGUGUUCUCUUCGCAUGCUAAUGCCCCUGCAACUUCAUCAUCAUUACGCCCAAACCUACCACCACUUCUACCCGAGGACGUUUGUCGCUACAAGGAAUAUAUCAAUGCUGAAUCGCUGGGCGACGGCUCUUCGGAGUAUUCAUUGUGA